CCGAUGGGUCCCAUCCCGCCCUUGCGAUGACAAACUGAGGAGACCUGUGUCAACAAUGGAGUCACCCCGCGCCAAUAUCUAACGGGCAUUCGACCACGGCGAGAAGAGUGGAUAUGUCCAAGGGCGCAUUAGGCGAGUAAGGCUACUAGUUCGAACCCGGGAGUCUCCAUGCUUCCUUAUGGCGACAUGAUUCCACUUUCUUCAUCGAUCGACUUGGCGAUAACACCAUCUCCUCUGUGAAGGUUCAUAUAAAUAGGUUGAUAGAACAGAGUUUCAGAACUCCAAUCAAAGUCCUGACUUUCACCAAGUUGUGCAUUUCAGUCCAACAAGUAAUCAACAUUAUUACGAUGUCUUCCCCAACCGGGAACCCCGUCCUUGACGGCCCCAAAAAGCUCGCCGCGGCCUUCCCUAACAAGGAGCUGUCGAUGGCUUCUCUUUCGGUUCACGCCGACGACUACAUCAACAACCACCAGGCCGUUGCGCCUCCCAUGCACGUGUCCACCACCUUUCGCUAUGCCGAGAACCCAGACGACUUGAAACCAUGGGAGAACCUCAACCCCAAUGCCCCCUAUGACUCCCACAUCUACUCCCGCGACUCGGCCCCCAACUCCACGCGUCUCGAGGCCAUCCUAACCUCCCUCCUGGGUGCCCCCGCCCUCACCUACGCCUCUGGCCUCUCUGCCUUCCACGCCAUGAUCGUCUUCCUGAACCCCAAGCGCGUCGCCAUCGGGGGCGGCUACCACGGCUGCCACGGCAUUCUUAAACUCAUGAAGAAGCUGAACGGACUGGAAAAGCUCGAACUCGAGUCCGACGCCGACCUCGCCAAACUCCAACCGGGCGACGUUAUCCACGUCGAGACGCCCCUCAAUCCCACUGGCGAAGCCCGCGACCUAGCUUAUUACCGGCGCAAAGCCGACGAGCUGGGUUGCUACUUGACCGUGGACGCCACCUUCGCUCCCCCGCCCCUGCAGGACCCGUUCCAGUUGGGCGUGGACAUUGUCAUGCACAGCGGCACCAAGUACUUUGGCGGACACAGCGACAUGUUGUGUGGCGUGCUGGCGUUCCGGCCGGACAAGGCUCAGGAAUGGCUACCGGCGCUGUUGGAGGAGAGGCUGUACUUGGGCGCAGUACUGGGGAGCUUGGAGGGCUGGCUGGGGGUGCGCAGCCUACGGACAUUUGAGCUGCGGAUCAAGAGGCAGGCGGAGAGCGCGCAGAAGCUGGUGGAUUGGUUGGUGGAGGAGAAGGCGAAGGAGGGCAGCCUGGUGAGCGAGUUUGUGACGAGGAUCCAGCAUGCUUCACAGCAGCCCGAGGCUAAGGAGGAGGGCAGCUGGCUGCGGAAGCAGAUGCCUGGUGGAUUCGGACCGGUGUUUUCCAUAUACCUCAAGUCGGAGCAGCAGGCUAAGAGGUUGCCUAGCAAGCUGCACUUGUUCCACCAUGCUACUAGCUUGGGCGGCGUUGAGAGCUUGAUCGAGUGGCGUGCCAUGAGCGACUUGGAUAUUGACAAGAGGCUGUUGCGUAUAAGCGUUGGCGUCGAGAGCUGGGAUGACCUUAGGGACGAUCUUAUUCAGGGCCUUGAGGCGUUGAAGAAGGAUCCAAAGGCGCAGUAAGUACCAAGAUACCACGAGUGAUGAUCUAAAAUAUACAUGCGAGAAGGUGCAAGAUGUAAUAAUUACUUGAUUCAUUAAGUUGUAGUUUUGUCCAUCAUGUCUGUAUAUACUGUGUCAUAAGAGCAAUAUCCUCAUUACCCAAAAACGCCCAAAAGCCAGA